UUUUCUUAUAUUCAAAAUUUCAUUUCAAAAAAAUUUUCAAAUCGAUCACAUCUCGAGAGAUCAUAAUCAUGGAGUGUUCUCAGGAAGAUGUCGUCAAUGAUUUCAUUGCUCUCGAAAAGAUUGGUUCAGAAGUGGAUAUCAAUUUGGAUGGAGUCAUCAAAAGCAAGGAGUGUAGUAACACGAACGAAGCAGAUAUUAUUAGUAACUUGAUAACCGCAAUCGAAGAAUCUUUGAGUUGUACAUCGGUCUGCACAGCUGUAUCAUUGGAGACAGUGGCACAAAAGUUGGAUGCCUAUGCAGAUCCUUCUUUGAAUACUCAGAUGUCUUUCAGUACAGCAUCGGAUUUGAGUUCUAUGGAACAAGAUUAUGUUAAAGCUUCAGAUGAUCCUUUCGACCUCAAUCAUCAACCGUCGCCGCUCCAAGUCUGGCGUGAUCAAGGCAAAAUCACCGGAUUUCAAAUGAUGUGUGAUGAUCAGAAGGUUACUGUAGUUGAUUCUCUGGAGUGCUUAGCUCAAUCGGAGCAACAUUUGGAACCAGUUUACUUCGAUCCACGUGUCAACCUUGCUAUUCCGUGCCCGCCAGAUGAUUUUGAGAUUCUUGAAGACUAUGGUUCAACAUCCAAUGCAUCAGUCAAUUCGGAUGACGCUUCAACCGCAGAACUUGGUCCGACGUCUGAAGAGUUUGAAGAAUGGGUUCGGAAAAUUGAACAGAACUAUUGAAUAGCUAUUUGAUAAAAUACAUUUUUUCUCA